AUGGCGCCCAAACAAACCGGCCAGGAACCGCACGACCUGAACUGCCUGACAAUCAGCGAGCUGUCGGCGCUGGCCCGCGAACGCAUGGACAAGCAGACGCGAGACUACUACAACGAAGGGGCCGACAGCGGCAGCACACUGGCGGAGAACGAAUCCGCAUACCGACGGUACCGGAUCCGGCCACGGGUGCUGCGCGACAUCUCACAGAUCGACACGAGCGUGACCGUCUUCGGGCACCGCAACACUGUGCCGCUGGGCGUCGCCCCCGCGGCGAUGCAGGGCCUGGCACACCCGGACGGCGAGCUGGCGACGGCGCGCGCCUGCGCCGCCAAGGGGAUCGUGAUGGGCCUGAGCAGCUUCGCGACGCGGACGCUCGAGGACGUGCGCGAGGCCAGUGGCGAUAUCCCGAAUGUCCUGCAGCUGUAUCUGUUCGAGGAGAAGGAGCACAGUAUCAAGCUGAUCGAGCGCGCCAAGAAAGCCGGGUAUAAAGCGGUGUUGCUGACGGUCGACACGCCGAUGAUUGGGAGGCGGAAUCUCGAGAUCCGGAAUCAGUUCAAACUGCCGGCUCAUUUGAAGAUCGCCAAUUUCACCGAGAGCGCGGAGGAGGCUGUUGUGGACGACUCAUCUUCCUCUUCAUCAUCCUUAUCAUCACAAUCACAACAAUCCACGACCAAGAAACCCCGCCGCCCUUCCAAAGCAGGAUACAGCGACGGCACGAAACGGGUGCUUCCGACGGGCGCGAUAACGUUCCACACGCACGCGGCGAACCCGACGCUGUCAUGGGAGACGUCGAUCCCGUGGCUGAAGGAAGUGGCCGCGCCGAUGCAGGUGUGGGUGAAAGGGGUGGCGACGGCCGAAGACGCACUGCUCGCGGUGCACCACGGCGUCGACGGGAUCGUGGUCUCGAACCACGGCGGCCGCCAGCUGAACGGCGCGCUCGCGACCCUCGACGCCCUACCGGAAGUCGUCGCCGCCGUGCAGAGGAAAAUCCCCGUGCAUGUCGAUGGCGGGAUCAGGCAUGGCACUGACGUCUUUAAGGCGUUGGCUCUCGGUGCUGAUUUCGUCUGGGUUGGUCGUCCCGUCCUCUGGGGACUUGCGUAUAAAGGCCAGGAGGGUGUGGAGCUGUGUUUGAGAUUGUUGAUGGAUGAGUUUAAGUUGUGUAUGGGUUUAGCCGGUGUCACGAGGGUGCAGGAUAUUUCCAAGGAGUUUUUGGCCAAGGUUGAUCGUGAUGGCUUCCCAAGUCGCUUGUAA